CACUGCCACAAUUAAGCCAGCUGAUGACUAACGAGACUGAUCGAUGCAACAAUCGCCAUGUGACAAUCGGCAAGACACCAGCAAACGUAGGAGUGCUACGUGUGUACUCCCGCCGAGAGAUCGGAUCGGAUCGGAUCAGACGACGGCCGCUAGCUAGCUAGGCCGACGGAUUAAUUAUUAGCUACAGUUGAGCUCGCUCGAUUCGAUCCCUUUUUAUGCCGCUCACCUCUCGAAUUCUCGAUCGCUUUCGGGCGCGCGUCUCCUCCCUCUUGCUUGUUAGUUUCCUCGUAGCUAGUGGGGUGAGGGUGUGUGUUUGGUUGGUGAGCAAUGGCGGCGGCUCGCGGUGGAAGACGACGACGACCGUGGUCGUCGUCCUCCUCCUGCGGCUCUCCGUUUCUGAUGAUGCUGAUCAGCUGUUUGCUGUGGCUGCACCGGGAAGCAGCUCCGUCGCUCGCCGCCGAUACCGUGACCGUCGGCCGGCCGCUCUCCGGCCGGCAGGUGCUCGUGUCCAGAGGUGGCAAGUUCGCGCUCGGAUUCUUCCAGCCAGAUAACUCGUCGCAGCGUUGGUACAUGGGCAUCUGGUACAACAAAAUCCCGGAUCACACCAAGGUGUGGGUCGCUAACAGGCGGGCCCCACUCUCCGACCCGGACACGUCACGCCUCGCCAUCUCGGCCGACGGCAACAUGGUCCUCCUCGACCGUGCCAGGCCACCGGUCUGGUCCACCAACGUCACCACCGGCGUCGCCGCCAACUCCACCGUCGGCGUCAUCCUCGACACCGGCAACCUCGUCCUCGCCGACGCGUCGAACACCUCCGUCGUGCUGUGGCAGAGCUUCGACCACUUCGGCGACACGUGGCUCCCCGGCGGCAGGCUCGGCCGGAACAAGCUCACCGGCGAGGUGACGCGCCUGGUGGGGUGGAAAGGCUACGACGACCCGACGCCGGGGAUGUUCUCCCUCGAGCUCGACCCCGGCGGCGCCAGCCAGUACGUGAUGAGCUGGAACGGCAGCAGCCGGCUGUACUGGAGCAGCGGCAACUGGACCGGCGGCAUGUUCAGCUCCGUGCCGGAGAUGAUGGCGAGCAACGCCGACCCGCUGUCGCUGUACACGUUCAACUACGUCGACGGCGAGAACGAGAGCUACUUCUUCUACGACGUCAAGGGCGAGGUGGUGCUGACGCGGUUCGUCGUCGAUGUCACCGGCCAGAUCAAGUUCAUGACGUGGGUGGACUCCGCCGCGCAGUGGGUGCUCUUCUGGUCGGAGCCCAAGGCGCAGUGCGACGUCUACUCGAUCUGCGGGGCGUUCGGCGUCUGCGCCGAGGACGCGCUGCCGGCGUGCAGCUGCCUCCGGGGCUUCCACGCGCGGCAGCCGCGGCGGUGGCUGCAGGGCGACCACACCGCCGGCUGCGCCAGGAGCACCGCCCUGCAAUGCGGCGGCGGCGGCGGCGCGCAGCCGGCGGCGCAGAAGACGAAGAGCGACAGGUUCUUCGUGAUGCCCAACGUGAACCUGCCCACCGACGGCGUGACCGCGGCGAGCGCGAGCGCUCGCGACUGCGAGCUCGCGUGCCUCGGCAACUGCUCCUGCACCGCGUACUCCUACAACGGCAGCUGCUCGCUCUGGCACGGCGACCUCAUCAGCCUCCGGGACACGACCGGCGCCGGCAAUGGCGGCGGCCGCAGCAUUUCGAUCCGCCUGGCCGCGUCCGAAUUCUCUGGCAACGGGAACACCAAGAAGCUGAUCAUCGGGCUCGUCGUCGCCGGAGUCGCCGCCGCGGUGAUCCUCGCCGUCGUGGUCACGGUCCUCGUCCGGAGAAGCAGAAGGCUGAAGGCGUUGCGGCGAGUGGAGGGCUCCCUGACGGCGUUCACGUACCGUGACCUGCAGGUCGCGACCAAGAGCUUCUCGGAGAAGCUCGGCGGCGGCGCGUUCGGGUCGGUGUUCAAGGGGUCGCUGCCGGCGGACGGGACGCCGGUGGCGGUGAAGAAGCUGGAAGGUGUUCGUCAGGGGGAGAAGCAGUUCCGUGCGGAGGUGAGCACCAUCGGCACGAUCCAGCACGUCAACCUGAUCAGGCUGCUCGGCUUCUGCACCGAGCGAACACGGCGGCUGCUGGUGUACGAGCACAUGCCGAACGGGUCGCUGGACAGGCACCUGUUCGGCCAUGGCGGCGGCGUCCUGAGCUGGGAGGCGAGGUACCAGAUCGCGCUGGGCGUGGCGAGGGGGCUCGACUACCUGCACGAGAAGUGCAGGGACUGCAUCAUCCACUGCGACAUCAAGCCGGAGAACAUCCUCCUGGACGACGCGUUCGCCGCCAAGGUCGCCGACUUCGGGCUCGCCAAGCUGAUGGGGCGCGACUUCAGCCGCGUGCUGACGACGAUGCGCGGGACCGUGGGCUACCUGGCGCCGGAGUGGAUCACCGGCACGGCGAUCACGACCAAGGCCGACGUGUUCAGCUACGGGAUGAUGCUGUUCGAGAUCAUCUCCGGGAGGAGGAACGUGGAGCAGGGGCAGGACGGCGCGGUGGACUUCUUCCCGGCGACGGCGGCGCGCCUCCUGUUUGACGGCGACCUCAAGGGCGCCGUGGACGGCCGCCUCGCCGGCAACGCCGACAUGGGCGAGGUGGAGAGGGCGUGCAAGGUGGCGUGCUGGUGCGUGCAGGACUCGGAGGCGACGAGGCCGUCCAUGGGGAUGGUGGUGCAGGUGCUCGAGGGGCUCGUCGACGUCAACGCGCCGCCGAUGCCGAGGUCGUUCAAGGUGCUCGGCGAUCCGUCCAACUACGUCAAGUUCUUCUCGGCGUUGCCGUCGAUCUCAUGAUCACACCGACCGGAUUAAUCAGCAGGGGAUCUGGGAUUAUUAUUACCUGCAUAUACAUAUAGCAGAAAUGUAUACAAGUUGUUAAUUAGCUUUCGAGAUGUAUUCAAGAGCUAGCUACCGAUAAUAUUUUUUCCUCCAAAUUAUUGGCAGUAGCCUAGCUAGUAGCUACCGCUAUAUGGUUUUGCAAGAAAUAUGUAAUGGUAGUGAGCUUACUAAUCCUCAAAUUCUUGCAGAGAUAAUCAUUCACAA